UCGAUAGUACCCUUUAAUUUCCCCCAAUUUCGUUCGUGCCCUAAUUCAAAAUAAACACGCACCUCUUAUAAAUAAAUAAAUUCAAUGUAUCCGUUAAAAGUUAAAAUCAAGAAAUUACCCCGAAUCUUCUUCCUCACAAGAAGGUCAUUGUGAAUGGGAUCGAAUUCAAUUAAGGAUUUAACUGAAGCAUCCUCAGGGGUACACUUCUCUGGUUUGCACGGAAAUAUCGAGACACGAAAUACACAGAUUGAGCAGGAAUCGGGUUUAAUGGCGGGAAAAACGCAUAAGCAGCCGUUCGUUAUUGGUGUUGCUGGAGGUGCAUCAUCCGGGAAGAAAACAGUAGGUGAUAUGAUCAUUGAUCAGCUUCACGAUCAGCGGGUCGUACUCGUUAACCAGGACUCAUUUUAUCGUAGUUUGACUUCUGAAGAACUUUUAAAGGUUCAUGAGUACAAUUUUGAUCAUCCUGAUGCUUUCGACACUGAAAAGUUACUAUCAUCAAUGGAGAUGUUGAAGCAUGGAAAAUCAGUUGAUAUUCCAAAAUAUGAUUUCAAGACGUAUAAGAACGGUGCCUCGAGAAGGGUGAAUCCUUCUGAUGUGAUAAUCUUGGAAGGAAUACUUAUUUUUCAUGAUCCUCGUGUACGCGAUAUGUUGAAUAUGAAGAUAUUUGUCGAUACAGAUGCUGAUGUACGUCUGGCGAGAAGAAUAAGGCGUGAUACAACCGAAAAGGGAAGAGAGAUCGGUUUGGUGCUUGAUCAGUACUCGAAGUUUGUGAAGCCUUCUUUCGAAAACUUCAUACUCCCAACAAAAAAGUAUGCCGACAUCAUCAUCCCGCGUGGCGGAGACAACCAUGUAGCUAUUGAUUUAAUUGUCCAACACAUUCGGACAAAACUUGGUCAACACGAUCUUUGCAAAAUAUAUCCCAAUUUAUACGUUAUUCACUCAACUUUUCAGAUACGUGGCAUGCAUACGCUUAUACGUGAUGCUAAAACAACGAAACAUGAUUUCGUUUUUUAUUCUGAUCGAUUGAUUCGUUUGGUUGUUGAGCAUGGUUUGGGACAUUUACCUUUUACGGAAAAGCAGGUGACAACUCCAACCGGGUCGGUAUACACAGGCGUUGACUUCUGUAAGAGAUUAUGUGGCGUUUCUGUUAUUAGGAGUGGUGAGAGUAUGGAAAAUGCAUUGCGAGCAUGUUGCAAGGGUAUUAAAAUUGGAAAGAUUCUUAUUCAUAGAGAAGGUGACAAUGGUCAACAGUUAAUAUAUGAAAAGUUGCCACAAGAUAUCGCUGAAAGACACGUGCUAUUGUUGGAUCCUAUACUAGGAACAGGCAAUUCAGCGGUCCAAGCUAUCAAGUUACUUAUAAAGAAAGGCGUACCAGAGGGAAACAUAAUAUUCCUAAACUUAAUCUCCGCGCCUCAAGGAGUGCAUGUGGUUUGCAAAGAGUUUCCGAGAAUAAAGAUCGUGACAUCUGAGAUUGAAACCGGUUUGAAUGAAGAGUUUCGUGUUGUUCCAGGAAUGGGUGAGUUUGGAGACCGAUAUUUUGGUACAGACGAUGAAUAAUGAAAUGUUGUUUAUUAGAACGGAACGGAUCAUAUGGGUUCGAAUUAUAUCAAUUAGGGCUUCGAUUUCGUCUUCAUCACCUAAGAUUUCCCAGUUCUUUCCUUUUUAGUGUAAAAGACAAUUUUUACUUGUUAGUCAUUAUUAUUAACUA